AUGCUCAGAAACCCCUCGGCGAGCGCAACAUACCGUCGGACAGCUGGGGCCCAAUACCCACAGACGGAGACCAAGGAGUUCCUUGCUUAUGAGGGUACAGAUACAUCCACGUUCGAGAAGGCAUCGACCUUGCUGCACAAGGUGCAGCCAGCGACGGCGCCAUGGUGGAACUUCAAGAAGUCUGGCGUCUUUGGCACCAGCGCAUACUACGCGAAGGAGCUCUUUUUCCUCCUAUUCAUGAACGGACCUCCCCAGCAAGACCUGCUUACCACAAAUCCGCAGCCAAAGAAGCUCGACCAUCCUCUCGCUGAAGCCGUCAAGCUGUUGGAAGAGUCGGCUGCUGCGAAGAAUCCGGACGCAAUCUUCACGCUCGCUGAAACGAACUUUUACGGCAAAUACUCGCAUCCCCGCAACUACACCGAAGCCUUUCAAAGGUACCACGAGCUCGCUACGCUGAACGGAAACGCCUCGGCACAACACAUGGUGGGGUUCAUGUACGCAACAGGCAUCGGAGGCGCAGUGAAACAAGACCAGGCGAAAGCUAUGCUUUACCACACGCUUGCGGCAGAAGGCGGAGAUAUCCGGUCAGAAAUGACGGUCGCCUUCCGGCACGCUGGCGGCAUCUCGACCCCGCGCAACUGCGAGCAAGCCGUGCAUUACUACAAAAGUGCCGCAGACAAAGCAAUCAAAUACAUGCGGUCGGGACCACCGGGAGGAUACUCGCUGGUACGGGAAUCAUACAAAAUCGCGGAUGAUGAAGGCGGAGUAUACGGAGAGGGAGCCAGUGUUACCAGCUCCGGACCAAACGCCAAACACGGCAGCGUAUACUCUGACGCUCAUUCUUCUCUGGACGAUGUAGUCGAGUACAUGGAUCUUCAAGCAAGAAAGGGAGAUCUGCGCGCAAGCUUCAAUCUAGCCAAGCUCAAUUAUGAUGGGGCUCGAUCGUCCCGUCGUAAUCUCCCAGAGGCCAAGAGACGGUUUCUGGAGAUUGCUCGGAUGUACUGGAACAAGGAUGGAAAGAUCAAAGCCAAUGCUUCGCCAGACGUCGAAAAGCUGGCGCCGAAAGCGGCCGGGUACUUGGGGCGUAUGUUUCUUCGCGGAGAAGGCAUGCUCCAGAGCUUUCCCAUCGCAAAGACCUGGUUCAACCGAGGUGUCGAGCAUGGCGAUGCUCUUUCGCAGUACUCGCUGGGACUCAUGUACUUGGACGGCCUUGGCGUUCCUAAGAAUCCCGUCAAAGCUGCCGACCUGUUCAAAGCAGCUGCCGACCAGGGGCUUGCUGUCGCGCAAGUCCGCAUCGGUGCACUUUUCUUGGACCAGGGAGAUGUGUCAGUGGCCAUCAAGUAUUUCGAGCUCGCCUCCCAUAACGGGCAUCUCGAAGCGUAUUACUAUCUGGCCGAACUGACGAACGCUGGAGUUGGUCGUGACAAGUCCUGUCUCGUUGCGUCGGCUCACUACAAGAUUGUGGCAGAGAAGGCGGAAGCCGUCUCGACCUCUUUCCCCGAAGCCAACGAGGCAUACCACAAUGGUGACCUUGAGACGGCGCUUGUUGGUUACAUGAUGGCUGCAGAGCAGGGCUUUGAGACAGGUCAAGCGAACGUGGCCUACCUGCUCGACCAAGCUAAACCACGCUUCACUCUGAGUUCCUUGAUUCCGAUUAUCAAAGCUAAAGCUACCUUGGCUAGUGAUGCAUAUCUUGCUCUGCUAUACUGGACGCGCUCCGCCGAGCAGAGGAAUAUCGAUUCGAUGGUCAAACUCGGAGAUUAUUAUCUCCAGGGUCUGGGAACCGCUCCUGACGACGAGAAAGCGGCUGCGUGUUACACGGCGGCCGCGGAGACCAUGAUGAGCGCACAGGCUCUGUGGAAUCUAGGCUGGAUGCACGAGAACGGUAUCGGAAUAGAACAAGACUUCCAUCUGGCAAAGAGGCACUACGAUCUGGCACUGGAGACUAAUCCCCGUGAGGCUUAUCUUCCAGUCACACUCGCUCUGUAUAAGCUGCGCUUCCGGAGCUGGUGGAACAAAGUCACAAAUGGCAAGAUCAAGUCUAUUCAAGAGGAGCCAGUCGUCAGGAAGGAAUGGUCCAUCUCGGAAUGGGUGUCCGUUUUUUUAGAGGCCGAGAUGGCUGCCUGGGACAUGGACGCAGAGCCCGACGACUACGAUGCAGCAAUGCCUGGGGGGGACGCUGACUACGGUUACGACGACAUCGAUUCGGAGGUCCUAGAGUCUCUUGUCAUCCUCGCGCUAGCGGCCGCUCUGGCAGCCCUUAUCUACUACCGCGGUCGGCGCCAGCGUGUCGCCGAGGAAGAAAGAAGACGAGAAGAGCAGCGCCAAAUGCUGGCAAAUCAGGUAGCUGCCAUACAACAACAACAAGCCCAACCGCAGCCUCAACCACAACAAGAAGAUCGUGGAAUGUUUCCGCAUCCCAACGACCCUGCGUUCAUGGAGUGGGCUGCAGGGGCAGUAGGGCAUUGA